UACGCGUAGUUGGGUUGUUGACCGGAAGAGGGUUUUAAAAGAAAGCAAAGCCAUUGCAGGGACCAUCUCGAAGUUGUGACUGAUUUAAUUCCGGAACUCUUGAUGAUGAAUUAUUUAGCAUAACAAAUGGCUACUAAAGUUUCAACGCAUGUAGUCGGGAGCUGGUUCCCAUCUGGCUACUAUGGUCAUUAUCGCAGCCGAGUUCGCACAGAUUUUGUCAAUGAGUACAGGCAACUUGCAAAACCUCAACCACCUACCCGUUUCAUUAAUCGUUCCUCUCAACCGGCAGCAGCGCACCAGUUCUCUCUCCAUGAUAAUCGGAAUUCAUUCAUGUGUGAUGCCUCAUACUUUGCACAGGGUUUAGGAAAAAAGCGCCACCCAGAGCGUUCCGCUACCUUUGACCCAGAAUUCAUAGCUUGGACUCCAGGCAAAAUAAAAAGAAAUGCUGGAAGGCCGCUCACCUCCACUUACAGACAAGAUUUUCGAAAUGAAGAGAUCAAUGUCCAGAAGCUUGUGAAACGUCCAAAAACAUCUUUUGAUGGCGUUCCUACCACCACAUACCGCACAGUUCAUGGUCCAGACUCACCAAACAGAGAUCUGAUCAAUGCCAUGAACAAUGAGGCCCUAAUGCUGUCAGCUCAAAGCAGGCAGAGGCAAGCGAAACAGAAGAAGUCAGACCGCAGGGAAACGGUGGCUUCUUGCUUGUCCUGGUACCGCCCUAGGGUGCCCCAGGCCACCUGCCACACAAAUUUCGACAACAUUGACAUACGUCCUGCUCAGGCCACAGAUCUUAACAUAAACAACUGUGCAACCAAUGUUGACAGCAAACCUGUUGAUAGAUCUGCUGCCCCCGUUGGCAAGGAUCCACCUCCCGUACCAGUUGCAGCACCCGUUCUGGCUGUCUCCGAGUGAUAAAACUCAAAUAUUGCUGUUCAUCAGGCUUUUAAGGACUAAAACUGUCUACCAAUCUUAGAACUCGGUGUGUUAGAGUAUAUUUUGCCUAACUGACAGAAUCUUAAUUUUAAACAGUAAUUUACUUUAUAUAUUUAAUUAGAUAUUUUAGGCUCUUGGUGUUAUGUUAUUUUCAGUAAUUGCCUAGAUAAAAAUCAUAAUGUUGAAUUACUAUAUAUUACUUUUCUAUAAAUAAGCAUUAGAUCUAAGUAAAAUACUGUAUAAACAAAUCAUCUUUGGUUCAAGAAAAUAAUUAAAAUCAAAGUUAUGGUCCCUCUUUGUAUGAAAGCUAUCUGGUUGUUAACUUGUUCUCAUUUAGAUAUAUCUGAGCAAAAGUAAAUGGCCGUGCUGUGUAUACCUGCAUCCUUGCUCAAGUGUGCUAAGAGAGUAUUCAAUCUAUUAAUGUCAGUCAAGCGGGAGUUUCAGCUUACUUUUAGUCUCUUAUGCUUUGACUCCAGAUUGUGUAGUAAAUGUACUGUUGGACCAGACGGAAAAUUUAUUAUCAAAUCUAGGAGAACUCACGUACCAUCAAAUUUGGACCCCAAAAAAACAUCAUACCAUCGAAACAUAUACCAUUGCUAUCUACAAUUUUGUUCUAUUCAAAUAGAGCAAGUUCUUCUUACUAUUAAACUUACUGAACGUAUCUACAAUAUAGAAAAUUGGAGAACAUAGUGCACCUCGCAUUCCAGGCAGUCGCACGCCAUUUUCAAAGGUACUUUCAUUUGUUUACACUGACCAGGGUUUCUUCAGUUUUGGGUAGGGAUUAAUAGGAAUUCUAUUUCUCUUCUACUUUAAACUGCGAUGGAGUCUUUUAUGUGGACAGUGUAUUCUUGGUGCCUUUGAGUAUUUUCGUUCUUUUCGAAGAAGACUGUGUACCUGAUCCCUCCCACACAACGAUAAUUAAUUUUAUAAAAGAACCUGAGUAUAAAAAAUAUACUACUUACCAUGCCUGCAUGAACUGGAAAUUGAACCAAAUACUGGCAUGAGAGGCAAACACCUAACCACUUUACUUGCCAUUGCCCAUGAGCCCCCCAGGUUAAUUAAUCUUUGAAAAUAUGAUCUGUGAUGUGACUCAAUUUGUAAGUACCUAAAUAAAUUGUUUGUUCAAUGAGAUCUUCUGUGAUAACAUGUCUUGUUUUUACUUGAGCUCUAGCAUAUCUACAUCAGUACACUUUGCUGUGAUCUCAAAAAUACCAUAGUGUGAAUAAAAAUUAACCAGCAUUUUGCGUAUAUUAUUUCUUUUAUUUUUACAUGAAAACUUUUGGGCUGUUGUUCAUGAGAUCGGUAGCAGUUUUCUGCAUUCUCCAUGACUUACAAACUGUUAUUUGCAAGUUAACAAGAGUAUUAAUUUGUUGAAAUUCUCCUUUUACUUGAUUUGUAAAUGUUGUGUUUCAUUUAUUAUUUUCAUUUGUACGUUAAUUUCACACAUAAAAUUUGUGAGCCCUUUUAUAAUUCAAAUUAUUCAAGUUCUAGGGUGGAAGGAGAUAUUAUAAUGUUUUUGAAGUCGAUUUUCAAAUUGUAUAAAGAGAUGUAAGCCUAUAGGGCCCAUUUGAAACAUUUAAAUUUGCAUCUCUAAAGAGUUAAACAGUUAAAUUAACAAAGGUCAUUAUUAUAGCUCAUAAUAAUGAAGAAAGAUAUACAUAAGUAAGAUAUGAUAAAAUGAGGCUCUUUGCACCUUUUUCAUGGCUAUAUUUCCAAACUCCAUUCAUGAAUCUCAUGUUCAGUGUUCAGUUGUCGGUUUUUUUUAAAGAUGAUUUUUAUACCUUUGGGGAAAUGGCCUACGCACGUGAAGAGAGCUGACAAAUGCUUUGUGCAUCUGUCUUUCCCAACAGCAACUCUUGACAAUUACAUCAUUGUUCAUGAAGCAAAACUAAGCUGCUUGUGCUAUGCACAGCUUUGCAUUUCAUAGUGAGUUGCCCUGCGUUGGUGCAUAUUCAAGAAGUCUAUGGAACAAGAGUUAAGUCAGUACGUAACAUGGUGAAAUUCUGCUCUGCAGCAUAAUUUUGGUAUUGAAAACCAAGUCAGCAUAGUUUUCUUUUUUUAUUAGAAACCUUUAGCAAGAUUUGUUACAGGUUGCUGUUGUCUGAUUGGUCCUUAUUUCCUAUCCAUUUGUGAUUUUGAUACGAUGUCUUAUCUCCUUGUAGUAAAAGAAAUAAGCGGAAAAAUUACAAGAAAUUCUGAUGAAGAAAUUAUUUUUAUGCUUUAAACAUUACUUAAAUGUUGUUCAUGUUUUCUUUUCUUUUUUUAAUGUCUUAACAACAUCUUGUAAUGCACAAGCUGAAAAAGAAAGAAAACAAUAAUUUGGGUGGUGGAGAGACUUUAAAUAUACAGAUUAUUUUUAAGAUACCCUUGCUACAAUUACCUAUCUUUCAUAACUAAUUAACAAUAUUAAAUUUGACAAUGGUUUGUUCUAGUUUUAUAAUUCCAUUUCAUCUCAUCCAUGGUCGGUUUUGUCUUCCUGAAAUGUGCGAAGAAAAUUGUUCAACUUCCCAGGUUGCAUGUUGUAUUUCCAGAACGUUAAACAUAUGUUACUGCGAAGCUCAAACCUUGACAUUGGACAUUGCAUAAUAAUUAUUUACUACUUUCCAUGACUUCAUCAAAUUUAAGGAAUGCUUUUGCUUUCAGAUUAUAUUCAGAGAUAAUAUUUGGCCUCAGAACACAAUUCUCCCGAGCCAGCAUAUUUGCAUUUUCAUUGUGUGUAUCAUUGUCUGAACUGUUUGUACAUAUACGGCGGUGUUGUUGUGUUAGAAGUGUGGUAGACUGGACUUUUCUUUUUGGUGUAUGGUGACUGCUCUUUUAUAUAUCAAAAGACAAAAUGAAGAAGCUAGAGUCCACAAGGAAAUUGUCUUUCCAGUCAGGGUUUAUAACCAGUGUUUAGCCUUGUCCCUGCCUUUAAGGUGAACUUAAAGGCUGUUCUUAAGGUGUAUUAUUUUUCAUGGAAACAAAAUAAAAAGUUUCACUUUAGGUUUGUUAUCAUAACAAAUGCAUAAGCACAGUUGUGAUCAUUUUUUUCCCCAAAGGCAGCUUAGAUGUAUGGUCAUGUUUGUGCAUAGUAAUGAUGUAAUUUUUAAACUCCUGUGCAGUUUACAUAUAUAUAUAUUUAAAGGGGAAAAGGAGGAGGGCGUUGAUGAUGAUCUUUGGUUAUUUGAAAUUGAAUCCUUUAUAGGCCUACUUUAUUUUUAGUUAUAUUUGAUUUAUUUUGCUGUUUUUUUUGCUUUAGAUUUUUUGUUUAUGAAAUUUCAUUUUUAAAUGAACAGCCAAUGCAGAGUUAAUUGCAUACAAAGUGUUUCUUUCUCUUUUUGAUCAACUAAUCCCUCCAUAUCUCACAUUUCUGACCUAUGACUCUCUAAAAAGAGCAACCCUAUGGCCAGUCAUAAUUUUCCUGUCAAUAUAUAUAGCUUUUACUUGGACAAAGCAAGUACACCCAUGAAUUCUUUGAUUAAUACUGGCAACAAACAGUAACACAUACAACUGAAAAAAGCAUACCAGAAAUACACCUCAAAGCUGACCCUGUGAUAUCCUCCAAUAGACACUCAGUAAGUUGAAGGGUGUCAUUGCUUUCGAUAUAAUGGAAGCUUUGGGGGAAUGUAGAUUCGUUUGUUCCACAAUUUCCUGUGACACAAUGUCUGAGAUUUGUUUGAACAUUUCCCUAGUGUUCACUUUAAAUACGUUUCUUCUUCUCAAUUACACACACAAAAAAAUCUCUCAAUGAGAAGAAGAUUUCUAAUUGUUUCGAAAUUGGAAGAACUUAGCAAUAAAGAGAGAAGCAAUAUAUGAUUUAGACAAUGAAUUGCUCAGGCAAAAGUUAUAGUAGAAAGAGUUACCUUUUAAAUUUUGACACAAGCUUUGGGUGUCUAUAAAAACCGAGCUCAGUGUUUGAUAAUGAAUUGUCUGGAGCGCAAAAUCAGGGAUUUCCCCACUGAACAGCUGCUUAUAGAUUUAUGCUUAUCAUUCCAUUUGAGAUCACUUGAGCUUGAUAAUACCAGCCAGUUUUCACAAAAUCUGUAACAAGAAAAUUGAGAAUAAUUUGAAUGGGCUGGUAGGUGGAGGGGAAAAGUGAUGGGGGGAGGGGGUGUACCAUUAGAAAGCUGAGGUAGGCCUAUAACGUUUCCCCUCUCUUAUUAAGAAAAUGCUUAUUUGUGUGAAAUGCUUGUUUGUUUAUUUUUUCUUGAAAAUGUAAUGAUACACACAUACAUGUACAUGUAAAAGAAAGCAAAUCAAGAAAAAGACUCUAGUCUGGUCUAAACCCGUUGUCUCACUUUAUCUGUUUUGUUAAGCUCUAGUUAAAGCAAUCCUCCAGGUGUUCAACAACUAACAAAAGAUCAAAAUUGACUGUGUUACUGAGAUGGAACUACUAUUGAUUUGUUCUUCUCUGAGUUACAGAUUUUUUUUUUCAAGGGAGGGAUGGAGGGGUUUAUGUGUGUGUGCGUAUUGGUGUUCAAAUUGUUCCUCAGCAACUGCCCUUUGUUGAGCAUGCAGUAAAUUUUUUUUUUAACCUGGAAUAAUUAAGAGAAGAUUUUUGUCUAAAUCAUCAUGUAAAACUCUUCUGAGUUGGUAUUGGGCACACAGUUAGCUCAGUUGGUAUCAUUCUGGACUAUGGAGCAGAUGACCCUGGUUCAAAUCCCCAGCAGGGUGUUCUGAACUUGGGUUGUUUUGGGGAGUUUUUAAGGCUCUCCACCCAUUGGCUCAGUCCCACCGGAGCUAGACGUUUAAUUUAGAUGUCCCGCUUCACAGUAUUGAAAGGGGCAUUAAACCUGAGCAAUAACCAAAUACACACAGGAGUCUGUAACUUUGGUUUCUGAUAGGAGAAAUAGACAAUAGAGGUACUUUGACUUUGUGACUUAUAGUAUGACAUGAUGUUUAAAUGCAACUCACAAUGCUGUCAAAGUGAUUCAGUUGAUUUGUCCAGAAAGAAUUGUCUCUAGAGCUAGUGGUAUAGAGGUUCAGUUCAUGUCUAAUGCUAAUUUAAAUUACUCAUAUUAACUUACUGUCGAGUUUUGCACUAUGCUUCAGAUGAUGAAAGAUGUGUUUGAAUAUUAAUAAUGACUAUAUAUUUUUGUCAGUAUGAGUAGAAAAAUUAUUUAUUUUAAUUACUGGAUAGUCUGAUGUUUGAUUUGACAUAAAAUUGAAACUAUAUGAUCUAUGAAUGAAAUAUAAUUCAAUGAUUUUUUUGUAAAAUAAUGGCUUCCUGGAUGUUGUCAACUAAAUCCGUCCAUUGACCCAAGAUUAUUUCUUAUAUAUUAUUAAUGAUAUCCAUUUUAUAUUUUACACAUAUAUAUGAUGUAUUUGUUUUAAUAGAUGGUUGCAUAAUAUAA